AUGAUUUUUAGUGUCUCACGUCUUAUGGGAUCACUAUCAUUGGGUUAUUAUCCUUCUUGUGAUGUGGUAGCGACGGCAACAUCUGGGUCAGCUUCUACAGAUGAUCGACAACAAAAUCUUAUUUAUCCAUGUAUUAAGAUAAUGAGCAUCACUGGAUUCGAUCCUGAACGGUAUAAAGUCAUCAAGGGUGAAUAUACACCACUUGCAUGUUAUGGUGAAUUACGAAUUAAUUAUUGUAUCACACGUGAUAUCCCUUUCCUAUCAAAUUCAUUUAUUACAAAUUGGUCUCAAACACAAGUUAAUCUUGACAGACAAUUGUAUGACAAACGAUACAACUGUAGAUUUGUUUUCUAG